AUGGCUCGCCGGAGACCCCAAGCCCUUGCUGUAGUCGGGAUCCUCGCAAUCGCGAAGGUGGCCUUCCUGGUGCCGGAUCGCAUCCGAGUGCCUCGGGAUGUUUCACGACGAGGAAGUCCCGAGCUGGAAAAGUCGCAGGAGCUGCUGCACCAGCUGGCUGAUGACAUGGAUGAGUUGGUCAAGAUGCUGCCAGAGGAAGGCGAGGAUGAUGACCAGAUCCUGAGACGAGAGCAGGCGCAACAGGAGACGCCACCGGCCGCCGCCACCUCGCAGGCCUUGGCGACCGGAAGUAUGGAGGUGGGCCAGGUUGUGUCGGGACUUGAUGUCGGUGCCCUGCAGCCCGUGGGUGACAACCAAUACAUCGCCACAGUGGAGCAGAUUCAGGCCAUUGUGAAUGACAAGGUCCAGAAGUACACUGCCGUGAUCAAGAGCUUCGAAAGGUACAUCAAUGAGCUUGAAGAGGAGCUCGAAAAAACCGAAGCAGAGCUUGAGAAGAAGGACCAGACGUUGCAGGAAGAAGCCAGGUUGAGGCAGGAGGCGCAAGCAGAGGUUUUAAAGCUGGCGGACGAGCGGGAGGAGAUGGAAAGGUCUCUCCUCAUGGCCCAGGAGGUGCAAUCGAAAUCCACAGCGAUCAUGGGAGGCCUCAACUCGCAGGCCGAGCGCUUCGCCGGAGAGCUGACUGAGGAGGAAGCGUCAGAUCUGGAGGAGUCACUGAUGAUGGCCCAGGCCAAGAAUGCCCGCGCCACCCGAGAUGCAGAUGAUAGAUUCGGAGAGCUGCAGGAGGUGGGAAGGGGUCUAUUGCCAGGCCUUCUCAUCGUAGCCCUAUUGUUGAUGAUAUAG